GAAGGUGGCUUUUCGUACUCUAAUUGACCGACCGUAGACGCCUUGUCGCCAAGGCUCAGUCACCGUAGCCUGAAACUGCGCAUCAGGUCCGAUCCGCAAAAAAGUUCAGGAACCGUCUACCAGCUCAAACCACCCCGCUACAGCGCCCUCAAUCAAAGCGGGUUAACGGAUCGUGGUGAGAACAGUAUGGCAGCAUUCGGUGGUCAAACCCCGACGAUUAUCGUCCUCAAAGAAGGCACCGAUCAGUCCCAGGGCAAAGGACAAAUCAUUUCCAACAUCAACGCCUGCCUGGCGGUCCAAACGACAGUGAAGACGACUCUGGGUCCCUACGGCGGCGAUUUAUUGCUUGUCGACGCAAACGGGCGACAGACUAUCACCAAUGAUGGCGCCACGGUUAUGAAACUGCUGGAUAUCGUCCACCCUGCGGCGCGGAUCUUGACGGACAUUGCGCGGUCUCAGGAUGCAGAAGUCGGAGAUGGUACCACCUCCGUUGUCGUCAUCGCCGGAGAAAUUCUGAAGGAGGUCAAAGAGCUGGUUGAGCAAGGUGUGAGCACACAGACAAUCAUCAAGGGUCUGCGGCGGAGUUCGAGCAUGGCCAUCAACAAAAUCAAGGAGAUCGCCGUGAGUACGACCGAGGGCAAUAAGAGGGAGACGCUCCGAAAAUUGGCGGCCACCGCGAUGAGCAGUAAACUCAUUCACCGGAAUGCCGACUUUUUCACAAAGAUGGUUGUCGACGCCGUAUUGUCCCUCGACCAGGAAGACCUGAACGAGAAACUUAUUGGUAUCAAGAAGAUCACAGGCGGUGCAUUGGAAGAUUCAUUGUUCGUGGACGGAGUUGCGUUCAAGAAGACCUUUUCCUAUGCCGGAUUCGAACAACAGCCGAAGUCCUUCAAGUCACCGAAAAUCGUGUGCUUGAACGUCGAGCUCGAGCUGAAGGCCGAGAGGGACAAUGCCGAAGUCCGGGUCGAGCAGGUUUCGGAAUACCAGGCUAUUGUCGAUGCUGAAUGGCAGAUCAUCUACAACAAAAUGGAGGCACUGUUUCAGACGGGGGCAAAGGUCGUGUUGAGUCGAUUACCUAUUGGAGAUCUGGCCACGCAAUACUUUGCCGACCGAGACAUUUUCUGCGCUGGACGUGUCGCCGCCGAUGACCUUGAACGUGUCUGUCAGGCCACUGGAGCAACGGUGCAGAGCACAUGCAGUGAUAUUCUUCCUUCACACCUGGGCACUUGCGGACGAUUCGAAGAACGACAAAUUGGUGGUGAACGGUACAAUAUCUUCAGCGAUUGCCCCGAGGCAAAGACCUGCACAUUGGUGUUGAGAGGUGGAGCCGAGCAGUUCAUUGCUGAAGUCGAGCGAAGUCUACACGAUGCCAUUAUGAUUGUCAAGCGUGCCCUACGGAACCAUACCAUCGUUGCUGGUGGGGGUGCUACGGAAAUGGAAAUAUCAGGAUAUCUGCAUAGAUAUGCGGACAAGAACGUCCCGCACAAACAGCAAGCUGUGGUCAAGGCGUUCGCAAAAGCUCUGGAGAUCAUCCCACGACAACUCUGCGACAAUGCUGGUUUUGAUGCCACUGAUAUUCUGAACAGACUGCGCGUUGAGCAUAGGAAAGGAAAUACCUGGGCAGGCGUGGACUUUGAUCAUGAGGGUGUCCGGAACAAUAUGGACGCUUUCGUGUGGGAGCCCACCUUGGUCAAGGUCAAUGCCAUUAGUGCGGCCGUCGAAGCUGCCUGCUUGAUACUGAGCGUGGACGAGACCAUCAAGAACGAGGAGAGUCAACAACCUCAAGCACCUGCAAGAGGACUACCUCCUGGUGCGGCGCAGCGGGCGCUUCGAGGACGUGGAAGAGGCAUGCCCAGACGGUGAAGCGCACUCGCCGGAGUGAAGGGCGAGUGAGCAGGGCAUUGUCCGAUGAAGGCCUCGAAGUGGCCUACAUUUUCGUGUUGGUGCACU